AUGGGCUUGGACCUUGACCUUCCCGAAAUGACGGACGAGAACGGCGACCCCUUUCUUCUCCCUCUCUCACUCCGGAGACUUCGAGCGGCUAGUCAGAGAAUUGACGUGAUCAAUGCGAGGAGCGAUUGCAUUCAAAAGGGUUCGGAUGACGAGGAGUUCCAGUUGAGGAUGAAAAUCAUGAAGCACAUUGCAAACGACAAUGCUUAUGCCGUCAAAAACUUACUCAUCAACAAGAUUCGGGUUCCAGGAUCCUAUAGGAUUCCUUACGAUAUCAACCCGGGAUUCUUUGUUCUCCCAUGCAUCCCUCCCAACAACGCAAAGGACUGGACACCUGGUAAGGAAUACGAGGUUGUACUGAUCUGUAAGACUGAGAGAAUUGUCCGACAAAUGAUAGGCGGCAGGGGAUUCAACGCUCGCGAAGAGGGGCGGGUUGUAUCAGAGGCCCAGCAAGGAGAUCUGAAUUGUGUGCGGGACCUGCUGACUGCAACGAUCAAGGCGCUCGCAGAGAGCGCUACGCGUGAAGGUUGUGUUAGCCCUUUAGAUCUGAUUGACAGUGAAGACAAUGGAAGGGGGGUGGAGCAGGUUCUUGAAGAGCUCGCUACUCGGACGGUCCGUGUGCCAGAGCGACAUGUUACUGGAUUCAAUGUCUUGAAAGUGAAACUUCAGAAUAGCUUGGAUUACAAAGUCCCCGAUCCCAUGCUUCUUGCAAUGAAGGCAGCCACAAAUUGGUAUUACAUGAUGACUGGCCUGAAGCUGCUUCCGGCCUGUAAGCCUCCAGAAGACCCUCUGAAGGAAGAGAUACGCAUCGCGAACGAGGAAAUUUGCGAGGAGUUGCGAGAGCAAGAUCUCUGCCCUGAGACGUGGGAAGAUCUCGCCAAGGGUCUUGGCCAGCCAUUCACGCCUGACAAUCGUCCAGCACACGUUUCGUUGUCUCGAACAGGCGAGCAAGAGACAGCAGAGAUGUCUGAUCUGGAUUCAACCAACAGAGAACUGAGUCCUUGUGAGCUUUUAGCUUUGUACGAUGAAAUCGAAGCUUGGGCUCUAUGAAGUCUAUGAAGAGCGAAGCGAUCGAUGUUUAAGACAACGAGGAUAAGGAUGGUUUUGGUGAGUGCUUAGGCGCAGCAACAGCAGGAGUUGUUGUCAACAUCAUUGGUGGCUAAUGUAGGGGACAACUGGAGCUUAUGUAUUAUUAACAUAGGUAAAUAUUGGAACUGAUAGUUUGGAUC